UAGAGGGCCGGCGCGAACCAGCCGCGGGGCAGCGGGGAGCGGGGGGGCCGGGAGAGUGCUGCAGACUCCUCAGGAGAGCGUUUGCAGCUGGGGAGGGUCCCGGCCUUGAGAUGGCGCUGCCAGGAGGUGUGGAGAGAGUGGGGUGUCUGCAGUCUGGCAGUGAAGGUGAGGAGAGGGGCCCGCAGCCGGAUGGAGAUUUGUGCCUGCGGAGAGGGAAGGGCUGUAAUGCAGGUGACAGGGCCUGGGGGUGCGGCGUCUCUGACCCCGGAGCGCUGCGGGGAAGAGGCGUCCGUGCACCCGCCCCCCACUUUCCCUAGUGUAAAGCAGCUGGAUGCAGAGAUGAGUGGAGACAGGCAAGUUUGUCGGUUUGUGUGUUUUGAAGGUGGGUCUGUUGCCAGCUAACCACUUGAGAGAGCUAAAGAAGGAGUUUCUUAACACGAAAACCAGGCCGGCUUUGAGAACCCAGAGUUGACAGGAUUUGUGCUUGGUAAUGGGCUUUCUUAUGGUGAGGCACCUGACAGCAAGUGUGGACAGUGCAAUGCAUCCAGCCAGGAGCGUCUUCCAUCAGGUUUGAUAAAAGGCAGAGGAGCUCAGGAUAUGGGCAAGAGGAUGGGGUGGGGCGAUGAUGGGAGCGAAGACAGGAGGGGCCUGCCUGAUGGAGAGAGGCAAAUCGGAGAGCGACCAGGGAUCAGAGGUUGUCAGUCACAAAAACAUAGUUUUGAGCUCCUACUCGGUGGCAGGCAGAAUUCUAAGGCUCCAGAGAUAAAGCCGUGAACAGAACAAACAUGGUCCCUGUUCUCCUGAAGCUAACAUUGGGAUACUGGUUGGGAAAGAGAGCGCUGAAGAAAUACAUGGUGCAGGAGAAUUCCCCAGCCCAGCAGGCAGGCCUGGAGCCCUACUUUGACUUCAUCAUCACCAUUGGGCACUCAAGGCUGAACAAGGAGAAUGACACGUUGAAGGCACUACUGAAAGCCAAUGUGGAGAAGCCUGUGAAGCUGGAGGUGUUCAAUAUGAAGACCAUGAAGGUGCGCGAGGUGGAGGUAGUGCCCAGUAACAUGUGGGGUGGCCAGGGCCUCCUGGGAGCCAGCGUGCGCUUCUGCAGCUUCCGCAGGGCCAGUGAGCAAGUCUGGCAUGUGCUGGAUGUGGAACCAUCUUCACCUGCUGCUCUUGCUGGCCUGCGCCCCUACACAGACUAUGUGGUUGGCUCAGACCAGAUCCUCCAGGAGUCCGAGGACUUCUUUACGCUCAUCGAGUCUCAUGAGGGGAAGCCCUUGAAGCUGAUGGUGUAUAACUCCGAGUCUGACUCCUGCCGGGAGGUGACUGUAACUCCCAACGCAGCCUGGGGUGGAGAGGGAAGUCUGGGAUGUGGCAUUGGCUACGGGUAUCUACACCGGAUCCCAACUCAGGCCCCCAGCUACCACAGGAAGCCACCUAGUGCCCCACCACCUUCUGCUCCAUCACCUGGUGCCCCACCAACUGAUGCCUCACUGCAUGAUGCCCUACGACCUAGACCCGCCCUGGAGGACUCUUCUCCCCUGGAGACAGGUUCCAGGCAGAGUGACUACAUGGAGGCCCUGCUGCAGGCGCCCGGCUCCUCCAUGGAGGAACCCCCUUCUGGGCCUGAGAGUCCCAGCCACACUGCUCCAGACUCUGGUGGACUUCCUCGUUCUAUGGAGACUCCUCUUCAGCCCCCACCUCCAGUGCAGCGAGUCAUGGAUCCAGGCUUCCUGGAUGUGUCGGGAAUUUCCCUCUUGGACAGCAGCAAUGCCAGUGUGUGGCCCGGCCUGCCUUCUUCCACAGAACUGAUCCCCACAGCUGUCUCAACCUCAGGGCCGGAGGACAUCUGCUCUAGCAGCAGUUCUCAUGAGCGGGGUGGUGAGGCUACAUGGUCUGGAUCAGAGUUUGAGGUCUCCUUCCUGGACAGCCCAGGUGCCCAAGCCCAGGCGGACCACCUGCCUCAGCUGACGCUUCCCGACAGUCUCACCUCUGCAGCCUCACCAGAAGACGGGCUGUCUGCCGAGCUGCUUGAAGCUCAGGCUGAGGAGGAACCAGCAAGCACAGAGAACCCAGAUUUGGGGAUGGAGGCUGAGGGGCUGGCCAGCCAGGCCCAGAUCUCUACCACAGAGAAACACCCUGAGCUGUGACAAGGCCCCAAUGACAUAUCAUGAGGCCCAGAUGUGGGCAGGCAGCCCAGGCUGCACGAGGCAGUCAGCUCCAUGCCCACCCUAGCCCUGUGCCUGAUCCCAGCCCUGUGUGUUCAGCUUUCUAGGCUACAGCUCCAGGUGAUGUGCAGGGACUUCUGCUGACAGGGGCUUCUGUGUCCACUCAAACUCUACUUCUAGUGUCCAAGAGGUGACCUCCAGCAUUUUAUCCUGCCUGACAGUUCUGGCUUUGGGGGUUUCAAACAAGUCUUUCUGGGGUAGUCGACGGCUGGGAGCAGCACCUCAAAUUGUUUUAUAGGAGCUGUGGUAGGAGAGGAAGGAUUCUUUUCUGUUUGAGUGGGGUAUGAGGCCUCAGUGGAUGGUGAGACGGGGCCAUGGGCCUUGUGGGAGGACAUCUUUUGGCUGUGUACCCUCAGGUCCAGUGCUUGGUCCUGCUCUGGUCACUGGGGCUACUUAGGAGGCAGCAGGGUCUGGUCAUAAUCAGUGUGAAGAUGAGGUGAGGAAGGGAUUGCUGUCCAGUGUUGGCCUGGUCGCUUUGAUUCUUCCUGCACAGCUCAGCCCACCCCAUCUGUACUGGAAGGGACCGUGGAGUCCUGGGACCACCCCCUUUCAAGUUCGAAUCACUAAGUCCUCUGUCAGGUGUCCUUGUCCCUAGGCCACACUGCCACAGUUGCCUCAGGCUGGCCACCAUGCCAGUCACAGUAGGGAGAGAGAGGUAGCACACUUGCCCCCAACUCCUGGAGGGAGGGGGGCUGGAAAUUCUAGGCUCUUCAGCAGAUAUUGUGCCCAGACCACAAUAUUUCUUCUUCCUCAGGGACUACAUGCCACAGACCUGUAUCCCCAGUGGCAACUUCUGUUAGCUCCCAAACUUAAACAGUGAUCUUUUCUAAAUAUACAAGGCAUCUACCCAGCCCCAACAGUGAAUAAAAGUUGCAAGUUUAAGGUCACCACUCUAAGCAGUUUCUCACAGCCAUUCCACCUGAUGAGGUCUAUUCACACACAGUCCCCAACCCCAAGGGGGAAUUAGGGGCACAGGUAAGAGUAGGUAAAGAUCCUUCUGUUCUUUCCUGUUGUAGGGGAGGAAGCUGUUCUCCCCACUCCAGGUGCCCUUGGAGGUUAAGGCUAGGUUGGGCCGUGUAUGCCAUCCAGGGAUGGCCCCUCAUCACCUGAAGUCCUCUGCUGUGCUGACUGGACCCUCACUUCCCACACUGAUCCUAUGAAAGCUGCCUCUGGCCUUGUCUUCUAGCCUGUUCCUAGUUGAAAGUCUCACCUUUACAGGAUUACCUGUAAUGCUGGUGUUCGUGCAGGGGACUUGCAAGCUCUGUUAGGUUAUGUAGGACAAGGACUGUCUGCUCUGGGGGGCACAGACCAACUAUAUGGACGGAGGGCCCCAAAUCAGCAAACACAAAGUUUGAAGCAGACCCUUCAUUUAAAGCAAACCCUUGUCAAGCCUACCAGAGCAGCGGGUGCAUGUGCCAAACAGUAAGGCAUUGUGUCCUGGAUCGUCUGCCAAAGUUCGCAGGAAUGCAGGAAGUAAAACAGAAUCGCCACAGGACUACUCUGGGGCCAGCUUCCCUUAACACUGUAGCCUGGCAGUCUGACCCAAAGUUGCCCUCACCUGAAGGUUCUGGCUCUUCCUCACUUUUACUUCCCCUUCCCCCAUAAGUUGGAGGAUACAAUAGGUAUCAAUGCUAAUAUUUCCAGGGAGAACAUGAAACCAGAGGUUUCUCUCUCUGUAAUCUGCUAUUAAAGAAAAUGACAAAUGAAAAUAAAUGUGUACUACACUUUGAAAUAUUUUAA